CUAGUAGCGUAGCCAAUCAAAAUGCAUGAUUUGCAUUAGUCCACAAGUUGGGUGAUACUAAGAUCUAAUAUCACUUUGUUAAGGUAACGUACGGGUCGCUGAGACUGCUGGGAUAGGAUCGACUGAACUGGAAGAGCUGGAACGCGAGCUGGAAAGCCUCGCUAUUGGAGACAAAGAGACAGCCCCUGCGAUAUUACCUGGAACAAACGUGCAGCAAAUAACCGGCGGCUUACCACCGCUGGUUGAUCACCAGUCCCGCUCUCCCUUGUCGAGGCCCGCCCUGAGGCCUGAGGCGAGCGUGAACAGCACUCAUAAUCAGUGGGUGGAUAGAGAACCUGUACAUUUACCAGAGGUUCCUUCACACAGUCUGAUUAAAACUGGAACCUCCGCACCAAGAGAGAAACCUAGACCAUUGGUAUCCAGCUAAGUACAAUGUCGAAGGUAGUAGGGUGGUGUGUAAACUGUACUUGAACGAGUAAAUAUAGGCAAAAAUAUGACACCACAAGUUUAUUUGAAAUUUUCCAACUGUUGUAGCGAAUAGGAGAGACACAGUAAAUUCUGGUGUUAGGGUUUGACGAACAACAUCAAUGCGCAUAUGACGGUAACUACAGAGGUACUAACACUUAUGUAGGUCCUUCUCUUGUGGACAAUUGAACUACUAUAACGAGGAAGGAUGGUUAUAAGCAAAUCUUUUGCAUUUCUUAAUGGGAGGUCGUCAUUUUCUGUACAAAUAUUUAGUCACAGCCACGUUAGGAAUUUUUAUUUUACCUGUAGAAUCAAAUGAAUUCAAUUGUAAAUUAACAUAUAGUUUGUGUCUCUCUCUCAUGUUGUAUAUAUGCAGACCAAUUAAAUGAUGUUGAUUUUAUGUGGUUUGAAUAUUUCAUUGAUAGCUUAGCCACAUGCAUACGUGUAGUUAGGUUGUUCACAAUGCAAGACAUCAAGCCUUUGUAUGACCGCAGACCGUUACUAGACCGUUUUUCAAAGAAACUGAGAGAUACAAUGUACUGUAGGUCAUUUUCAAUAUUCAAAAUUAAAAUGUCUUCGUGGUACUUGUUUUCCUGAUCAAUCGAGUAUCAAUUUCAUUAUUUGACAGUGACUAGUUAGUUUCCAGAAGUUGUUAUAGCUUGACCGUUUAUAAAUGGUACAUUAGCGGCGUAGUGAUGCGAACAAGUUGAAAUUGAUUGACUAAUUGUUUGUGAGAUAUCAUUCUCACUAAUUUCUUUCGAUUCAUUCCCACUGUCUUGGUAAAAGUUAAGUACUGGUCAGCGACCUCCAUGUUUAAUUUGCGUUUGUUACGUCAGAAUUUAUGACGUUAUGGACUUUACAGUGAUGUGAAGUACGUUUAAUAUUGAUAAUAAACACUCGCUUUCCAUUAUGAAAAAAAUGCAUUUCAAGAUCAGCAACGAAACGAGGUAAUCAACUUUGAGGUAAGAAAAUUGUAGCUUCUUUGUUUUGAACAAUGUGUUAGUUUUAAAGACGCGCGCGCUUCUCGCAAACAGGUUUUUUUAAAAUCGUUUGCUCUGUUUUAUUAAAACAAACGUUUUCCAUUCAAAGAAAAAUGAAAUGGGUGUAUUGAAAAGUCGUUCUUAAACAUUUAUGGAGAACCAAGGAGGCGGCCGAAAUUUCAAUUUAAAGUCACACUGGAAAAGAAAUCGAAAACUAGAGAAACGCCCAUCCUAAUCGAAAUAAAGUACAAAUACCCAGGAAGCAAAUCUUACAGUGGAAUUAUUUCUGAUCUCGUAAAAGGGAGUCGGUCCAGCUUUUGAUUCAUUCACUUGACAGUUAAACGGGAAUAAUGACGGAAGCAACAAAAAGCAAGUAAACAAACAGGCAAAAACAAAUCCAUGAAAAUCAACAAAUUAGAUGUUGAUGCUGUGGCCCUACAGUGGACAAUGGCUACACAAUUAUAUGGUUGUUGUUCAACUUAAGUCGGUGAUUUGGCAAGCGAAUGACGUUGCAUUGUCUUGGGGGUUUUAUAGCGGUGAUACAGAACAAGUCAUUCAGUUAUUGUAGGUCUCGUGUUCUUUGACUGUAGAUUAACAACCUUCACGCAAACACUUCCAUGUAACAUUUACGAUUGUUUGAUUCAACAGCCUGCAGCGUUCAGUGCCGACGCAACACACCCUGCUGGUUGUAAUUGCUCGGCGUUUACAAAUAAUUCAUCGGUGUUGUAAACAUGUGAAAGUGAAAAUUUCUCUAUCGUACGUUGAUGGACAGUGUAUGCUUCUGGAAGAUGUAAGCAUAACAGCUGUCUUUUGGAAUCUGGCCUUGAGAUGUCACUCAAAGAGGACAGCAAAGUCGAAGAAAAAGAUCCCAAGAUCGCUAUUUCAGGUGUGUUCACUGACAAAAUCAAGGGCGAGACACAAGCUGCUGAAAACUCUACUGUUGGAACCGCUCAAACAGAAAGUCCAGUGAAUAAUGAAGUCGUUCAAUCCUUAAGUGAAAAUUCGGCUUCCAGGGCGUCGAUAGCGUUUCCCGUACGUGGGACCUGUUCUUUUACUGAUGUUGUAAAAUGCAAAGAUGGAGGAAUUUCGAACUUUACAUUAUGCGAGAGCAAGGGAGAUAUUUCAAGCACAGAGCCCAGCAUGGAGUUUGUUAUCGCGUUUGGUGUCUCACCAGAACACGAACCAUCAGUCAAGGCAUGCACUGGUCAGCAGCCUCACAUCUACAUCAAUGAAGAAGAAUUUGAUGACAAGGAUGAAAACUUCAAAUCUCCUAUUUAUCGAACUGAAUCAGAAGUGAAAAAAGCUCUCGAAUCCUCUCAAACAGAAAGCGAAGUGACUAGUGAAGCUCUUCAAUCUAAAAGCUGUAGUAAAAGUUCAGUGGGGUCGACUUCAUUUCCUGUACUUCGAGUUUCGUCUUUCACUGAUCUUCUAAGAUGGAAAGAAGGCAAAAAAUCAAGCCUAAGAUUGUCUAAAAGUGAGGGAAAUAUCUCAAGCAAUGAGGCAUUAGUCAAAGACUGCACUGCUCAGCAGCUGCUCUACAUCUGCGAGUAUGAAGAGGAAUUGCAAUCUGAUGAAACUGUUAGAAAUUACAGCCCUUCAAUUAACCAAACUGAACCGGAAGUUACAGGAGCAGGAAGCAAAAUCGACUCUGAAGUUGAGCCAGACAACCAAUGCCGAAGUGUUUUUGUCUUGAGAUCGAUGCCUGACGAACAAAGAAGACGUUCUUUCAGUGACUCUACUACUUUAAAUACCCCGAGAAUCUUCACUGCUGAACAUCUGAGGAAAACUAAAAGCUAUACGACAUUUCCUCACAUCAACACGCAGUCGGUGCCCAGAGAUGAUGAACUUUCUUCGUUUGUUCACCGAACGUCCUGCUUUAGAAUUAUGCCUCAUUUAUCGGGAGAUUGCCUUGCGGAUGAAAAUUUUCCUACAGUCUCUGUAUUGUCUCUUUCGUCCCUAUUUGAAAAUUACGCCCAGAACAUCGAAUGUGAAAUCAGUAGUGAAUCUGAGGAUUCGCUGGGGCUCGGCGCUAGUGAAGAAGGUGUGCUUCAUUCUUGGCGAAAGCCAUCCAGCAGGCCAAGGUCCUAUUCAGAGCCUGUUUCAAUGGCACCUGAACUUCCUGUCAGAACUUGGAGCCUUCCGAAUAUGGAAGAGAAACGGCUUUCACGAUUUCAAGAAACAAUAUACAAGGUCAAGGCGUCUCCAUCGCGGCUGAUAUUACGCGAACAGGCUUUGGAAAAGCUCAAAGAAGAGGCCAGUUCUCUCUCUCUAGGACUCAGUUUGGAGUCAGUUAAGUCAUGUUCUUCAUCGGUGAUGUCACUGGUUGAUAACUACGACAGCGAGGUUAUUGAUCAGUGGUUUUCAUCACAAGAAUGUCUAGGUGGUGAGGAUGUGAUGGGUCACUGGAUAAAUCGUACCCGAGCCCGAAGACAUUCAAUCACUAAAGAGCCAUCGUUUUCAUUGGUGGAGGAAGCUGAAGAAGGUGAAGGUGAUCUUCAGAAGACACCAUCAGCUGUUUCGCUUGUAAACCAAGUGACUGAGCAAGUCUUGAGUUCCUGUGAAGUGAACGUUUCAACAGAAAGCAGCGAUGAUCGGUCAACCACAGUUGAAGGUGCUGUGAAAUUAUGGAAGAAAAAGGAGCCUGGGCGUAGAGCAACACUCGCCUCAGUUUCCCCUCUGACAGACAGUCCUAAGUACGCAUCAGAAAUAGAGCAACAAGCAUUUCGCAAGAUCAAGAAGUGGAAAGACAGUUUUGCUCUAAAACUUAACAACGUUCUUGGAGAGCGAUUCCAGGAAAUGGCUGCUAAAAGAGAUGAAGAGUUGGCUCGUAAGAAGAAGCCAAAAGUUUUGAAGGUUCCAAUGAAUUUGAGCGACAAAGAAAUGGGACAGUUAAAAAAUAACUUGCUUCUAGAGUUGAAAAGGAAAUCAGUUGGAAGUGAUGAUCAUGAAGAUUUAGCUCGCGUUCCACCACCUUCCCCACUUCCUAUUCCACGAGUCAAGUUUCCAAGAAGAGCUUCAAGUGAUCAGAAGCCAGCAGAUCUAAGAGUUCAAAUGAUGGAAGAGCUCUCUCGCCGUGUUUCAUUCGCUGGCGAUAACGAAGACGCUCUCCAUUGCUAUAAACCUUCGUCUCUAGUGCCAGACUUAUUAAAGACUUUGCCUCAAACCAAACGUCAAGGCGUUGUUUAUAUUCCCUCUGGUACAAGAAGUACAACUUUGGAUCCAGAUAGUAUUCGUGACCUGUUGAGCUGGCACGAGGCUGAGAGGAAGCGCUUAAAAGCUGAGUUAGAAGGGUUACCACAAGCCCAGUGGGGAGAAAAACAGGUGCUGAUUGAUAGGAACGACGCCAAUAAAGUUCUUCAAUCGAUGAUGAAAAUAAUGGAAGAAAUAUUCACCGGAACAAUAAUGCGUUUCAUGGGUUCAGGAGAACCAGUUUCUAACGCCGACCCAACAGGAAAUGAAGGUAGGGAUCACGUGAUACAACAGGAAAUAAAAACAGUACUCACACCAACGGCGCAUGUGGUCCAACAGGAACUAGAGACAGGUAACUCCAGACCCGAUAAAUAGUGCACUUGCAGGUCAACGCAAUCCUGCCUUUGUUGGAUGUUUCAGUCUCUUCUACUUUCCAUUAAAAUGUUCUUACAUGGUUAAGUCCCUCAACUAAAGGCGUCUAUCGCACGUUACUAGCUAGAUAGCCUAAAUAGUUCAUAUUUGAUUCCACAGUAGAGUUGAUCUGGUAUUUUUGCUUUUAUUGAAUGCGAGAUUAAUGAGUUAUGUGCUGGCCUCUUCAAAAGCCGUUCAAUGGCGCCGCUAAUCGCGCGUAGCGAAUAAACAUUGAAUUCUAUAUUCUAUUUUUACCACAAUUGCUGCUAAUCUCGCAAUCUGAUUGGCUAAUUUGCCGUUGUCGAUUUAACAAAUUGA